GUUAAUUUAGUCUGUCUGUCUCGCGACAUCUCAGGUUUAAGCGAGCUCGCUACAAAUAUAUUUCCUUGUAAAGGUCAUGAAUUCAUUUUGAAAAACAUCAGCUGAUAUUACGAUACGUAAUUUCGGUCCUUGUGUCAUGACUACUCCAGUAGCCGCCAACUAUAAAAAUGCAUCUGUGGCAGCAGAUUAUAUUAAAACAGUGUCAAACGUAUUACCAGAUAUUGGAAUUAUAUGUGGUAGUGGCCUCGGUAAAUUAAUUGAAGAAAUAGAAGAAUGUAAGACAAUCCCUUACAUAAAUAUACCAAACUUCCCAAAAACAACCGUUGCUGGGCAUGUCGGAAACUUAGUGCUUGGAAGGCUUGGUGGUCGCAAAAUAGUUGCAAUGCAAGGAAGAUUUCAUAUGUAUGAAGGAUAUUCAAACGAAGAAAUUGCACUUCCUAUUCGAACCAUGAAGCUCUUGGGAGUUAAAGUUCUUAUGAUUACCAACUUAGCUGGUGGGAUUAACAGAGAACUUAAAAGUGGCGAUUUUGUUUUAAUAAAGGGUCAUAUAAAUUUCCCUGGAUUUGGGUUAAAUAAUGUGUUGGUUGGACCCAAUCAAGAUGAAUUCGGACCUCGAUUUCCUGACCUAUCGAACGCUUACGAUCGUCUUUUGCGACAAUUGGCUUUAAAGAUAGCACAGGAAAACGAUUUGCAGGAUUUGGUUCACGAGGGUGUUUACGCUUUUAAUGGUGGUCCUACAUAUGAGACUCCUGAUGAGUCCAAUAUGCUACUCAAGUUGAACUGUGAUGUUGUUGGCAUGAGUACUGUACCAGAAGUAAUAAUUGCAUGUCAUUGUGGAAUCAAAGUUCUUGCUGUCUCUCUAAUCGCAAAUAAUAGCAUUUUGGACGCAGAAAAUGAUGUUAGUAUAAAUCAUGAAAAAGUUCUAGCUGUAGCUGCGAAACGUGCCGAUCUGUUACAAAUGUGGUUCAAAAAAAUUAUCACCAGACUUUCACUAGAUUAAGGUGAAUUUAUUUCGAUAAUUUUUGUCAGUCAACCCAUAAAAUAGUUCCUCGUUCCAAUUACACACAAAUAGACAAAUUAGACUUUCCUCCUGAAACUCAAUUAUUUCUCUCUCUCUUUAAAUUAGUUAGUUAAAAACCGACAGGUGAACAUUUUGUUAAUACUGCUUGUUGAACGACAACAGCUUGUUCUUCGCCUUAUGUUAAUGGAAAACAUUCAUUACGCUAACUUGUGUUUUUUUCACUAACUUAGUUAAUUUUUCGUUAACCCAUUUAUUUGUUAGUGAUUUGAAAUAAAUUUAUUUUAGUUUCAACAA